AUGAUGCGGCGGUGGUUGGUGGGAGUCUUGCUGGCACUUCUCGCUGCUAGAGCAACGAGUUGGCCGUAUGAUCCGCAGUUUGAGGGAUAUAACCUCAACGAAAAUAAAUCCGCCACAAGCCCCGCAGACUAUUACGGAGAAUGGUCGGGACAUCAAUACCACCCGUCGCCGGAGAACUGGCGCUUUCCAUUCUACAGCUUGUUCCUAGAUCGAUUUGUGAAUGGCGACCCGACAAAUGACAACAUUAAUGGCACAUCAUACGAACAUGAUUUGAACUCGAAUCAGAUGCGUCACGGGGGAGAUGUAGCUGGUCUGAUGGAUACGUUAGAUUAUCUCCAGGGCAUGGGAAUAAAGAAGCUCAUGAAGGGCAUCUAUCUCGCCGGAACGAUUUUAAUUAAUCAGCCCUGGGGCGCAGAUGGUUACUCCGCACUUGAUACUACUCUUCUUGAUCAGCAUUUUGGCACUAUUGAAUCAUUUAGAAUGACUAUCACAGAAAUUCAUAGGCGCGGCAUGUAUGUUAUCAUGGAUAACACAUUGGCGACCUUGGGCGACCUUAUCGGCUUCAAAGGGCAUUUGAAUGGUACAACACCGUUUGACACCAACGAGCAUCAGGUGGUAUGGAAGUCAAGCCGUCGUUACGCGGAUUUCCGUAUCGGCAACGAAUACAAUGAGACCUGUGAUUAUCCAAGGUUUUAUUGGGAAAAUGGUUACCCUGUCGGCACUGAUGUUACCGACCAACUGAUUGGCUGCUAUGAUAGCGACUUUGAUCAAUACGGUGACAUCGAAGCUUUUGGAGUCUACCCGGAUUGGCAACGUCAGCUCUCAAAAUUCGCUUCAGUGCAAGACCGUCUCCGUGAAUGGAUCCCUUCUGUCAGGGAACGACUCAUGAGACACUCGUGUAUUCUGAUGCGACAGCUUGAUAUUGAUGGGUUCCGCUAUGAUAAAGCCCUGCAGGCUACAGUCGACGCACUUGGGGAUAUGAGCGAGCACUAUCGUGAAUGUGCCAGGAGCCUGGGGAAACACAACUUCUUUCUUCCUGGCGAAAUCACGGGCGGAAAUACUCUUGGGGCUAUAUAUAUCGGGCGAGGACGUCAACCGAACAUGCUGCCAGAUUCAUUGGAGGCCGCAGUAAAGAUGACGCACAGGUCGAACGAAAAUUAUUUCAUCCGCGAGCAGGGUAAAUCUGCGCUGGAUGCUGGUGCAUUCCACUAUUCGGUCUAUCGUUCUUUGACCCGGUUCCUCGGUAUGGACGGUAACCUUGCCGCGGGGUUUGACACCCCCGUUAACUGGGUAGAUGCUUGGAAUGAAAUGAUCCUCACAAAUGACUUCGUUAAUUCCCAAGGGCACUUUGAUCCGCGCCAUAUGUUCGGGGCAACGAAUCAGGAUGUUUUCCGCUGGCCUACAAUUAGGGAAGGGACGCAGAGAAUGUUAUUAGCAUUCUAUAUUACCACACUUCACCUACCUGGCAUCCCAUUACUGCUUUGGGGUGAAGAACAAGCGUUCUACGUUUUGGACAAUACCGCUCAGAACUAUAUCUUCGGUCGGCAGGCCAUGUCUCCAGCAACAGCUUGGCAAACUCAUGGUUGCUACAAGCUUGGCUCUCAGCAAUACUAUCAAUGGCCCAUUGAAUCUGGUAAAUAUGGGUGCCAUGACGAGACGGUUAGUUAUGACCACCGAGAUCCAUCUCACCCAGUACGCAAUAUUUUGAAAACAAUGUAUCAAAUGAGGGAGAACUACCGGACGUUGAAUGAUGGAUUUUUCAUUCAGCAACUUUCAAACCAAACGUGGCAAAUUUUUCUUCCCGGCUCAAAUAAUACACCGACAGAGACUGGAAUGUGGUCCGUCCACCGUGGUCGUUUUGAGACUGCCCAAGAUUUUGGCGAAGAAUCAAAUCUCCCGGUUUGGCUUGUUUACCAAAACUACAACAAAACCCACAAGUACGAAUUCGACUGCUCGGACGAAAAAAAAGCCCUAAUAUCUAACUUUGAUAGCGGCACUACUGUCAAAAAUUUGUUCUUCCCAUUUGAUGAACUUACUCUGAAAAGAGGCCCCAAGAAGCUGGGGAUUGAGCAAUCUCGGGAAUUCAAUGGGUGCCUUGAUAGCCUCGAAUUGAAACCGUGGGAUUUCAGAGCCUACGUUCCCAGGGAGAGAUUCAUUCGGCCGCGUCCUAUGGUCACAAAGUUCUCUCCCGGACACGAUGCGCGCCUGCUAUCGACAGUUUCUCCCGAUAAAGAUGAAAGAGUUCCCAUUGAGCUUUAUUACUCCGAAGCGAUGGAUUGUAAUAGCGUGACCGCGAGCAUUACACUCAAUUCAACCACGGAUAAUGGUAAAAUACCAUCCAUUGACUAUAGUACUGUCCAGUGUCAAAGCCUCAACCCCCAACCAACGAAAUACAUUGGUGAACUCCCGAAUUUCUGGCGAUGGUCUGCCACUCUCGUUGGUGUUUACAAUGGAGUACAUCAGUUAUCAAUCAAGGACGCCCUCAGCGCUGACCGCCGCACCAACACGUCUUCGACGGAUCAUUUCCUUUUCCGCAUUGGGCAAUCAGACAACCCUAUGGUUUUCACUCGAGCGGCAAAUUACUCAUCGAGUUUUCUACAUAGGGACAAAAAGGGUAGCCUAUACGUGUCUCAUCACGCCGCUGGGGCGGACCUUUACAGGUAUUCCUUAAAUUGGGGUUCAUCGUUUUCGGAUUGGUUACCUUACACGGGUGGCAACACUACUCUCGAACGCCAGCCCUGGUCAGGCACGAAAUUGCAAAGGUGGAAAGGCGAACAUGUUAUUGUUGAAUAUUGGAAUCGUAUGACAGGAAGUAGUUCCCAUGUCCAACAUGGUGACCUUGAUUGGCCUCACAACAAACCACGAAGAUUCCCUCAUCUUUAUUGGAACGGUCCUUAUAACCAAUAUGGCUAUGAUGCUGGACUCAGAAAUCAUAUGGUGCAGGAUGACAAGGGAAUAUGGCGAUUCAGAUUCAUGACGGAGUGGCCAGCGUUAGCUCAAGUCAAUGUUUGGGGAAUUAACCCAGAUGGCAAACCAGAUCAAACAUUCGUAUUCGGUGACAUAGAUGGCGAUUCUGUGUUGGAUCGCUUGCCGCCGUCUUCCCUUUCGAAUAUCGUCAUAAAUAUUACGAAUCCCCCGCCACACCCCUAUCUUUCUUGGCUGUUUUUAUUGAAUGACGGAACACUUCAUUUCGAAUUGUACCCAAUCGGUAACCAAUACCACCAGUUGGCCUUGUAUAUCCUCCUCUGGGUUAUACCUAUUCUGACUGCUGCGAUUGGUAUCUAUGUAUUCAAGAAAUCCUUUUAUCAAGUGAAAUUUAACCAGGUCGGAAUUAGUGAUAAAAGAGGCUUCAUUCCUCUCGCUAUCAGACGGAAGUUUAAUAAGCGAGUUCUUGAAGAAUCCCACUCUAUGAAUCCGCUGGUUAAGCUGGCGAAUAAGUCUCGAUUUUUACAGUCGACUUCUGCGCUAGUUGCAGAUUCGGGCAGCAGACGUACCACUCUAAUAGCCACCCUGGAAUAUCACAUUCAAGAUUGGGGCAUCAAAAUCAAGAUUGGAGGUUUGGGUGUGAUGGCUCAACUAAUGGGAGAGCAUCUUGGACACCAGAACCUGAUCUGGGUCAUCCCCUGUGUGAGCGGAAUUGAUUAUCCGAUUGACCAAGUUGCUGAGCCCAUGACGGUGACUGUGCUUGGGAAUCCAUACGAGGUUAAGGUUCAGUAUCAUGUUGUUAGGAAUAUCACCUAUGUUCUUCUCGACGCACCCGUUUUCCGACAACAAACCUCAGCUGAGCCAUAUCCAGCCCGUAUGGAUGAUCUCGACAGCGCAAUUUACUACUCCGCUUGGAAUCAAUGUAUUGCUCUCGCGAUCAAAAGAUUCCCUGUUGAUUUGUACCAUAUUAACGAUUAUCACGGUUCUCUUGCGCCAAUAUAUCUCCUGCCUCAGACGAUUCCGAUUUGUCUUUCCUUGCACAAUGCUGAAUUCCAGGGCUUGUGGCCUAUGCGCACACAGACUGAAAGGGAGGAAGUUUGUUCUGUUUUUAACCUUCAAUUAGAAGUUGCAACCCGCUAUGUCCAGUUCGGGGAAGUAUUCAAUUUGCUUCAUGCUGGUGCAAGCUAUCUGCGUAUUCACCAGCAGGGCUUUGGAGCAGUGGGCGUCUCGAAGAAAUACGGCAAACGCUCGUAUGCACGAUAUCCGAUUUUUUGGGGUUUAAAGAAAGUCGGCACGCUACCAAACCCCGAUCCAUCAGACACUGGUGAAUGGAACGGAGAAUUACCCAACAAAUCUGAUAUUGAUGUCAACCCACAAUUUGAAGCCGAUCGACUAGAGCUGAAAAGGCAAGCUCAGGAAUGGGCAGGUCUUGAUCAAAACCCGAAUGCAGAUUUGCUAGUCUUUGUCGGGCGUUGGUCGAUGCAGAAAGGGAUCGACCUCAUUGCCGAUGUUUUCCCUGCUAUUCUGGAAGCACGCAAGGAUGUUCAGCUAUUAUGCGUCGGGCCAAUUAUCGACCUUUACGGAAAGUUUGCUGCAUUGAAACUCGACAAGUUGAUGAAACUUUAUCCUGGCCGUGUUUUCUCUAGACCUCAGUUUACUGCUCUCCCGCCGUUUAUUUUCAGUGGCGCUGAGUUUGCCUUGAUUCCAUCUAGGGAUGAGCCUUUCGGAUUGGUAGCUGUCGAGUUUGGUCGGAAAGGCGCUCUCGGCAUCGGCGCACGAGUGGGUGGCCUUGGGCAAAUGCCGGGCUGGUGGUAUACCGUUGAAUCUACAACCACUAGUCAUCUACUCAAUCAGUUUAAAUUGGCGAUUGACAGUGCACUGAACUCGAAAUAUGAGACGAGAGCCAUGAUGCGUGCGAGGUCAGCAAAACAGAGGUUUCCUGUUGCGCAGUGGGUGGAAGACCUGGAAAUCCUUCAAAGUACAGCGAUAAGGAUCCAUAACAAAGAAUCAGCCAAAUCAACUGGGCAACCUCAUUAUACCCCUUCUGCAUACAGUUCGUCCGGAAUACUGGGCUCUCCAAUUGGGUUUGGAAGCAUGACCCCCAUGUCUCCAAUGUCGCAGUCUCGUAAUCAGAGUUGCAUCAACACUAACAGGUUGAGCGCUUUUGGGCCACAAGCGAGAAAUACUGUUGUUUACCACCAGGAAGUCUGCCCAGGUGCCGAUAUCGACAAUGAAAAUCAACCGACCGGUCUCAGCAGGAAGCUCUCUCUCGGUGUGCGGUCUGGUCCUGGUCAUACGCGAGCGGCACCUCGCAUGCCACGAAAAUUACGGAAAAUCCUGGCUCCAAUGGACCUUCCGGAGAACGUCCAUGAAAACGAACCGGACCGCCUUGGUGUGGCUGUGACGACCGAUGUUGAUGAUGACAGCGAUGACGACACUGUCGCACAAUAUUUUGGUGAUGAUGAAUACACAUUGACCCGGGAGCAAGCAGAAGCAGGGCGAGGAAACGAUAUGAGUCCAUUUCACCCAGGUUUUAACGAACUAAGAAUUCCGGGAGAAUCGCGCCCGCCUUCGCCCGCCGGUAUGGAAGGCUUCUUGUCGCCCAGUCGUGCUUUGGCUGAUUCUGCGAAUUGUUUCGGCUCUACCUCUGUUCUCUCCUUGGGAUCAGUUGUUGGUGGUAAGAGAGACUUUAAGCUCCAGAAGGUGGAUCCAUUCUUCACCGACAGCAAUGGCGAAUUUUACAGGGCAUUCGAAAAGAAAUUGGAAGAUCUUAAUAGCCAUAACUCAGAAUCUGAUCUAUGCAUCGAAGAUUUCUUGGUGAAAAGUGAAAAGAAAUGGUUCAAUCGAUUCAGAGAUGCUCGUUUAGGCCUCCACCAAGACAAAGCCGGGUCAAUAUUUCGUGUUAAACGUGGAGGCAUUAUCUCCCCCUCUCCUUCUGACUACGGCGAAGAUCUUGACUCUCGCGCCAGUGAUUACGGCAAGGAUGGCGACGAGUUCUUGUUGGGCAGAGAUUACGUACCGCCAACUGGUCUUAAAAAGUGGAUGCAGCUCCGGGUCGGCGACUGGCCUGCUUACUCUUUCUUGCUCGCCUUUGGUCAAAUACUUGCUGCCAACUCCUACCAGAUCACAUUGCUCACUGGUGAAGUUGGCCAGAGUGCCACGAAACUGUAUGCUGUCGCGACCACUUAUCUCAUCACCUCUAUCAUCUGGUGGUUUAUUUUCCGCUGGUUCAAAUCCGUUAUCCCUCUUUCUCUUCCAUUUUUCUUUUACGGCCUUGCGUUCAUGUUUAUUGGGGUCGCUCAUUUUGCUCCGACCGAUGAUGGGGUGGGUUGGAUCCAGAACAUCGGAGCCGCGUUGUACGCAGCGGCAUCAUCCAGCGGUUCUAUUUUUUUCGCGCUCAACUUUGGCGACGAAAGUGGAGCGCCUGUUAAGGAUUGGGUUUUCCGUGCUUGCGUCAUACAAGGCACCCAGCAGAUAUAUGUCGUUGCCCUUUGGUACUGGGGUUCUAAGUUAACAAAAAACAUUGCCCUAGGGAUUAUUGACCCGGAUCCUAUAUCGUCUACAUGGAAGUUGACGGCAAUUGCAAUACCAAUUGGCCUGUUCCUUUGGGGUAUCGGGCUAUUGCUGUUCUUUGGUCUUCCAAAUUACUACCGCCAAAUCCCCGGGAAGGUCCCCUCUUUUUACAAGUCUCUCUUCCGUCGCAAGAUCGUGAUAUGGUUCUUCGUUACUGUUGUCGUUCAGAAUUUUUUUCUCAGCUCACCUUACGGUCGAAACUGGUCCUUCUUAUGGAGUUCCAGGCAUGCUAAGCCAUGGCAUAUUGUAUUACUUGUUUUCCUAUUUUUUGUCCUAGUGUGGGCUGGAAUGCUUGCAAUCCUGGCCUACCUAUCUAAAGAUCACAGUUGGAUAUUACCCCUAUUUGCAAUCGGACUUGGAGCUCCUCGAUGGGCACAGAUGUGGUGGGGCACCAGUGGAAUCGGCCAACACGUUCCCUGGGCAGGCGGCUAUUUGCCAGGAGCGUUGAUAUCAAGAAGUCUAUGGCUUUGGCUAGGAGUUCUCGACUCCAUGCAAGGUGUCGGAUUCGGCAUGAUUCUGUUGCAAACACUUACCCGAUUCCACAUCUGCUUCACUCUCCUUGCAGCACAAUUUCUAGGAUCCAUCGCAACUAUGUGCGCUCGCGCAUUUUCGCCGAACAAAAUUGGUCCUGGUGAUGUUCACCCUGAUAUAUCUGGGGGAAUCGACACUAUUUGGAACGCUUGGUUUUGGAUUUGUCUAUUUUGCCAAUUGGCUUUGUGUGGUGGAUUUUACUUGUUCUUCCGAACAGAACAGCUCAAUAAACCUUAGCUAAUACCAUCUCAACCGAUUUCGCUUUCUUCUUUCGCUUGAAAGUUUUCCGUUAUUUCUUAACCGACAUGCGUUUAGGCAUCUAAAUCGACUGGUUAUGGGGGCAAAUCUAUAACAGACGUAGAGCUUAUACUAUUUUAUUUUCAAUGAGUGUUGAAUGUUUUCGGGCAUUUUUGUAUUUCCCAUGGCGUAUGGAGCACGUUUGAUAUAUGGUUGGCAGUUGUAUAUUUUUGAUAUGCGGAACUUGUUGACCUGAUUUAAUGAUCGACAUGGUUAGCUAAUUAUGUCAUAAGUUCAUGAUUGUCAAUUGUGUUUAAGAAGGGGUUAGCUAUCUAUAUCUCAUUCCUUGAUUUUUUUCCGUGUAUCACAACGUUAAUUUCGAGAAAACUACAGGACAAUAGCCAACGAAAAGAUUGUUUCUGAGUG